GCUGGCCCCCGAGCGGCGCCUUUAAGGGCUGGCCUACGUGGCAGCGUAGGGAUCGGUGCGCGGCCCGGCGCUCCUCCGCCACGCUCCUCCCGCCGCUGUCUCUGAGAGCCGGGCCCAGGCGCGUAGAGCCGUCGCACCGCCGCCGCCAUGGGCCAGAACGACAUCAUGAGCACCGCCGAGGAUUUCGCGGAUCAGUUCCUGAGGGUGACGAAGCAGUACCUGCCCCAUGUGGCCCGCCUGUGCCUGAUCAGCACCUUCCUGGAGGAUGGCAUCCGCAUGUGGUUCCAGUGGAGCGAACAGAGGGAUUACAUUGAUGGCACAUGGAACUGUGGCUAUUUCCUGGCCUCCAUCUUUGUGUUCAUAAAUCUCUUUGGACAGCUAAGCGGCUGCAUCCUGGUGCUGAGUAGGAACUUUGUGCAAUAUGCCUGCUUUGGACUGUUUGGAAUUAUAGCAUUACAGACUAUUGCAUACAGCAUUCUAUGGGACCUGAAGUUCUUGAUGAGGAACCUGGCCCUUGGGGGAGGUUUGCUGCUGCUUUUGGCCGAGUCACGCUCAGAGGGAAAGAGUAUGUUUGCUGGUGUCCCCACCAUGCGGGAAAGCUCCCCAAAGCAGUACAUGCAGCUGGGGGGCCGUGUGCUGCUGGUCCUCAUGUUCAUGACACUGCUACAUUUUGAUAUGAACUUCUUUUCUAUUUUGCAGAACAUUGUGGGCACAGCCCUGAUUAUCUUGGUGGCAAUUGGCUUCAAGACUAAGCUGGCUGCCUUGACUCUAGUCAUCUGGCUGUUUGGCAUCAAUAUCUACUUUAAUGCCUUCUGGACCAUCCCAGCCUACAAGCCCAUGCACGACUUCCUCAAAUAUGAUUUCUUCCAGACCAUGUCUGUCAUUGGAGGCCUCCUCCUUGUGGUUGCACUGGGUCCUGGUGGAGUCUCCAUGGAUGAGAAGAAAAAAGAGUGGUAACAGGAAUAGCAACACUUCUUGGGACAUAACGUAUUAAGUCCAGAACUGAUUCUUUAUGGAUUCAACAAAAACUGCCAGCAUUUUACACGUACAUGCCCCCUUCCUAUUAAAGGCACAGAUAUUCUGAAUUUGAUUUACAGUGGCACCAGUAAUGUAAUAGACAAAAUCCUAUUUCUUCAAGAAAAGUUGCCUAGGCUUAUUCUAACUUCCUAGAUUUGGAACUAACCCAAGGAACCUGCAUUUUGCUGAUGCUUCAGUGAGUUGCAGUAGAACAGUAGUUUGCUGUCUUUAAUGUCAGCAGUGUUUUGAAAUUUGAAGUACUGUGAGCAGAUACAGCUGUAUCAUUGUGUACUGUUGGGUUCUAGCUAUAACUAAAAAAGUGGCUCCCGUUUCUCACCCUCAUUAAAACUGUCUUGUGCAUGAGGAGUUCCCUUACUGAUCAUAGCAUUUCUUAUCAAUGUGGAAAGCAGCAUCAAGAAAAACCACUGUUAUUCUGCUGCUUAGAGGCCUGUAAUUCCAUUUCGUUUAACAGGGGAAGUAUUUCCUACCCCCAAAUGGAAGGUAAAAAGAAAAACCCUGAAAGUAGUUGUACCCCCUCUAGGUAAGAAAAGGGAGGGGGUCAUCUAACAUGUCCCAUUUCCCCUCUCAAGAGGAACAAGGGAUAAUCCUUUAUUGCUAAUCAGGAGUCCUGUUUUGCUAAUCACAUUUCAAGGAGCGGAGGGGGCAGUACUCCUGAAGAGACAGAAUGUCAGAUUCUGUGAAAAUUGUGUGCCAAAAGAACUGUAUUCAGCAUUCUUUCCCCAGAGUUUCCUCCUGAAUUCCCAAGAAGGGAGCCAAGUUGUGCUGCACGUUCCAUAACAGAAGCUCCUUUCUGCUGUUAAGCAGCUUCCAUCCACAUAUGCCCCAAAUUCCUAUCUGAAUUGUAGGUUACUGGUAAAAGUAUCUUGAAAACUACAGAACUCCCCCUUUUCCCUGCACUUGGUACAGGUGAGAGAGGAGCAGUCAGUCUUUUCAUCUGUAGGGUUUGCUUCUGUCGGUCCAGGCUGUGCCAGUCCCUGUGACAGCAAGGGGCCAGUCGAGGGCAGCCCUUUCUCUGCCCCAUGGCUCAUCCCAGGCUGUGCAGGGAGGACACCCAUCAGCUCUGUGCUCCCAGAGCGCCAGUUCUUGGCUCUGAAUCCAACGGUUAUAGCUGAAGAAUGCAAAUUCAAACCCAUGCAGCGAAUGCAGCUGGGGAUGUAACUUGUGUGUUCAGAGGGAGGAACUCCUCAGUAUAAUGGGGGGGAAAGACCCCAUUUCCACCUUUCAGUGCCACAAUCACUGUGCCAUGAACAUCCUUAGUGCUGCUCAGAGGAGGGAUUUUGUCCUCUGCCAGUCAGCUAGGUAAGCCUGUUUCACUAGAUCAUGAAAGAGCUCUAGAAAGCAUGAGCCCUACCAACUUGUUAAUAUUACAUGGAUACCUUGCACUGUUGUCUCCCUUGAGAAAGCUGCUCAACUGUUUGUUCAAGGAGUAAUUCAGCUGAAUGUCUCCAGCAGGAGCUAUUUACCAGGGUCUCCUGGUAAGGACACUAACCUGGACAGUUCAACUUAAUGGUUGCUUUUUAGGAGAGAAGACUAGUCUGAAAGAACUGAUGCCAAAUAGAAGAGCACUGAUGAGUGCUAAACCAAUUAUUUCAUCAUCUUGAAGGGAAAAUGGCUAGCUUAAUAGCAAGAUACGCUGCUGGUGAAGGAAUCGGGGGGUGGUAGGUGGGAGGGGAAGCCAGCAGUUUCGGUUGGGUCAUAUAGAAAGUUUUCUUUUUAAAAGGUUUUGCAAGAGAAGUUUUUUUACCUUGAGUGUUCACUGUGCCCAUCUUUUCAUAGCAAAACUAGUCUUUCCAGUUACAGAUAAGCAGCACAGGUACUUUUUGCUCAGUUUCACUGCAGGUCUUGUAAUGGUUUUGGACUACAUCAAGGCAGCCAAUCUCAGAUACUUUAACUGCUGGUGGUGUUCAUAGUAUUUAUAAAUGGAAUGAUAGAAACUGCUCCUGUAAGUAGCCCUUAAGUUGGCUUUCUCAACUUAUGUCCUGUCUAAGGAGCUGGAUGACAGCCUGGUCUGAAAUGCUGACUGACCAGUUUUCUCUGUGAAAAUCGAGUCCCUUUUCCAGCAAAAGGCCCCAGAAAAGGAACUGAUACUGUCCCUUGCAGCAAAAAUAUUUUGGUACUAAAGGGACAUGGUCAGGAGGAGGGCAUUAAAGGUAUUUCCAGGCAGCACAAUAUGCAGACUUACUGUGAGUCCUGAUGCGAAGAUUCUGGUUUCCUACCUAUGCUGCUGUAUUUGUGCAUUUCCCAAAAAUCCCAUGACCUCUCCCCAUGGCUGAGAAGCUCUCACAAGCAGGAUAUCAGCUGUCAAUUGGCUCUGCAAAGUGUUCUGGAAUUCAUUCUGAAUAUAUUUUUGCUUUCUAUGUGGAAAAAAAAAGUAUAAAUUCUCAUUUUUAUGCUGUAUUUUGUACCUUAGUUGUGUUUGAAAAUGUUUUGAUUUUUGGAAACAAUCAAAAUAAAACAAUGGCAUCUUUGUAUCCA